GAAACAAAAUCGAAUUGGAAGAAAUAUUGUCUCAGAGGGAGCAACAUCAGGCAUCUCACCAUGCUCUAAUAUUGCUUUCUGUACCUGGAUGCCGUCGGGGUUAGAAUGGGGUCAAGUAGCCCCACGUCAUGUCGGCGGCGAUCCUCACUCCUCCUCAGUCUCGACUCUCAUGCUUCACAUGCAAAGGGUGUCGUCACCAGCCACGUGGGACCUCGUUCGCGAUAACCUGCUGCCUCCCAUCAUCACCUGUAUCACACGAACCCUUCUAGCUUAGAUCCCACAAUUCACUUCAACAUCUAACAUUCACCUCCUUGCUUUCACCCACUUACUGCAUGAUGUCUUUUCUGAUCAACAACUUGAUUCAACCUCUUAACAGUCUGGUGUUUGGGGAAGCUACGGCGGCGCCCUCGCCACGCCCUGGCACCCGCGAUGAGAAUGGCCUUUACGAACCUACACCUACAGACAUCUUCGUCGUGCGCGCGAUGCUUGUCAAAGCGAUGCGGCUCCCUCCAGACAUCGUCGAUGCCGUGUUUGACUAUGCGGAGUACUGGGCUCAUUCAUCCAACUACAUUGACUACAUCGAGGAGCACAAAAACCCACUAAGGAUUCUAGGGGGCAGCGCAUCAGAAAACCGCUUCUUGCUUCGCUCGUUCCCCGUUGGCUUCACAUCCCUUGGUGACCGACAAAGCCUCGCGGACACCCUCACCUACGACAUGAACGAGGCCACUCCUCGACCCCUGAGUCGUGAACAUGAUCCGCAAUUCUUCGAGUCCCUUUUGAAUCACCCUACGCCCAAACUUGCACGCCCAGUCCGCAAGGUCGUGUUCACUGUCAAGAUGAAGGACCAGGGCUGGGUCGGCGGCCGACAACAUCAGAAAGGCGCCUUCAACGGAUCAUGGACAUGGGUCGAGGCUGGCCUCGAGCGGUUUGACAGCGAGCAAGAAUGCGAUGAGAACUGCGUCGCCGAUGCACGGUACAAUUCGGCCAGCUCGACUGCGCAUGCGUUGCCCCUCUGUGCCUUGCGGAGUAUCUACCCCGAAGCCAAAUCAGCACGCGAGGAAGGCAAAUUCAACUACCAGCACGAACUCGCCGCGGACCAGGAGAGGGAGAUUCAGCGCAGUAGGCUUGCGACAAGGGAGUGGCUCAGCAAGACUAUCACCUGGCGCUGGACGGAUAGCAUAGAUCCUGAAUCUGAGGAUGGCGAAGAGCUUUUCCAGGAGGGUCGUGGCAGAGGCAGUGCGACGGGCGAAUUCGUACGGAACCUGAAGCUGGGCGAUGUCAUUACAAUAUGGGGCAAAGCCAGGUUUCGAGGAUGGGUUCUCAAUCUUGAGAAGGUCAAAGUCGACGUGUACUGGGCCGUCUAAGCUACUGAUGAGCCGUUGCCGAGGUCUCUAGGGUAGAGCAUAUGUUACAUGACCACGUCCAAUGGUCUGAUCCUCCCUCAAAGGAUAAACACUGGUUAUGAUUACAAGUUUCUUUUGCUCUGCCUUCCAACUAGCAUGGAGUCGGGCUCAAG